AUCUCACAGUUUACAGAUGGGUGUGAACACCAUGUGAUUAAAUGAAAGAGCUGAAAAGUCGCUACAUUGCAGAUCAGUGAACAAACUUCAAGGAAAUGAGCACACCUUUUAUCUGUUAACAGAAAGUGAAACUUACUGACAUUCACUGUCGUCUGGAGGAGAAAUGGCACAGCAAGUGAUUCUGGAUCGAGAAAAACUCAGCUGUUCAAUCUGUCUGGAUCUCCUCAAUGAUCCUGUGACUAUUCCCUGUGGGCAUAGCUACUGCAUGAGCUGUAUUAAAGACUGCUGGGAUGAGGAGAAUCAGAAGAAAACACACAGCUGCCCUCAGUGCAGGCAGAGCUUCACACUGAGGCCUGUCCUGGAGAAAAACACCAUGUUAGCUGAGUUAGUGGAGGAACUGAAGAAAGUAGGACUUCAAGCUCCUUCACCUGAUCAUUCCUAUGCGGGACCUGGAGACGUGGCCUGUGAUUUCUGCACUGGGAGGAAGCUGAAAGCCUUCAAGUCCUGUCUGAUGUGUAUGGCAUCUCAAUGUGAGCAACACCUCCAGCCUCACUACGAUGUACCUGCAUUAAAGAAACACAAGCUGGUUGAAGCCACUUUAAAGCUUCAGGAGAACAUCUGCUCUCGCCAUGACGAGGUGAUGAAGAUUUUCUGCCGCACUGAUCAGAAGUGCAUCUGUUAUCUCUGCUCCAUGGAUGAUCAUAAAGGCCAUGACAAAGUCUCUGCUGCAGCAGAAAGGACUGAAAGGCAGACAGAGCUCAGGGUGAUUCGACAAAAAAUCCAACAGAGAGUCCAGGACACAGAGAAAGACGUCAAGGUGCUUCAGCAGAGGGUGGAAGCUAUCAAUCUCUCUGCUGAUGGAGCUGUGAGGGACAGUGAGAAGAUCUUCACUCAGUUGAUCCGUCUCAUUGAGAAAAGAAGCUCUGAAGUGAAGCAGCAGAUCAGAUCCCAGCAGAAAACUGAAGUGAGUCGAGCUAAAGAGCUUGAGAAGAAGCUGCAGCAGGAGAUCACUGAGCUGAAGAGGAAAGACAGUGAGCUGGAGAAGCUCUCACACACAGAGGAUCACCUCCAUUUCCUGAACAACUACCCAUCGCUGUCACAUUUGAGCAAGAUUGAAGACUCACCCAACAUUGCUGUCCUUCCUCUGUGCUCUUUUGAGGAUGUGACAGCGGCGUUGUCAGCGGCCAGAGAUAAACUGCAGACUGUUGUGAGUGAGGAGUGGGCAAAGAUCUCACUGGCAGUGACUGAAGUGGCUCCUCAACCAGAGCCCAGAACCAGAGAUGAAUCUUUGAAAUAUUCUCGUCAAAUCACACUGGAUCAUAAUACAGCACACACACGUUUAGGAUUGAGUGACAGCAACAGAAAAGCAACAUUAAUGGAAGUAGACCAGUUAUAUUUGGGUCACCCAGACAGAUUUCUUGCAAGGUGGCAGGUCCUGAGUAGAGAGGGUCUGACUGGACGUUGUUACUUGGAGGUGAAAUGGAGCGGGAACGUUUAUAUAGCAGUUGCAUACAAGGAUAUUAGCAGAACAGGGGCAAGAGAUGAGUCUGGAUUUGGAUAUAAUGACAAAUCUUGGGCAUUGUAUUGUAGAAGUUAUGGUUAUACAUUCAUACAUAACAGUAUUUCUACUUCCAUCUCAGGCCCUCUGUCCUCUAGAAUAGGAGUUUACCUGGAUCAUAGGGCAGGGACUCUGUCUUACUACAACAUCUCUGAAACCAUGACUCUCCUCCACAGAGUCCAGACCACGUUCACUCAGCCUCUCUUUCCUGGAUUUUGGCUUCCAAAUACCCCUGGAGACACUGCUGAGUUUUGUGAGCUCAAGUAAACAGCAGUUUAAAAAGUGAUUUAUCUGUGGUGCUGUAUGUAUGUAUAUGUUGAGGUGUGUCUGCACUCCAGAGAUCAAGCCAGGGAUUCGGACUGUGAUAUAUUUUGUUGGAUUUAAUGUUAUUUUGUUUGUGUCGAUGACACAGUGAAAUGAAAAAUAAAUAAAUUAUCUUUUAAUUUACUAGAUAGGGAUUAAACUAUCUUGUUUAUUAUAGUUGGUUUUGUAUGUUUUAUUUACUAAAUGUGUUAAUUAUCGACUGUACAUGGAAAAUAUUACAUCUGCAUGCAAACCGUUUGAUGAAACAUCUGCUUUUGUCCUACUUAAACCUGAAUUUUAUUGUUGUUAUUAUAUAAAUUGGCUUAAUUAUGUCAAAAAUUACAACAUCAAUAAAAGCAUCAUGUAUGUAAAUAAUCUGCCAAAUGAAUGUAAAAUAAUGUAAAGUGUAAUUUUUUUGUAUAUCUUAAGGAACAUGACAUUUUAAUAUUAACCUUUUUAGUACUCUACAUACUGCAGUCUGUACUACACACGAUAUUGCAACUCACAUUACUUUUUUACAUCAAAAAACUACAUGAAAAAAAUUUGCUACUCUGUAGUAGUUUAUAUACAUUAGAAUUGAACUUUGCUUAUCAUAUUUUUAAGAGUGUCUUUUCAUGGUGACAGUUUUAGUAAACAUUUAUGAAAAAUCAAAGCUUUACAAAUAAAUAAAUAAAUAGCUUUGUCAUCAUUUUAUCAGCAAACUGCUAUUCUGUAAAGAAUCACACUGAUAAAAGCAUUUUUCUUUUA